ACGCAGAUUUCGACCUCACGAAAAUGUCUGCUCUUGUCUUCAUCCACCUUCCUCAGUUCACUUCUACCUAUUCUUCUGAGGUUUGCUGGUGGUUGGCAAACAACGAAUUGGUGCAUUACUACCACCCACUGAAUAAAGAGAGAGAGCGCAUGAGAGAACGAGAGAAGGCAGCAAGGGAGAGGGAGGCAAGUUACAGCAAUGGUCAUCUCUUCACCUCACUGACAGUGUCAGGAACCACACUCUGCACAGCAUGCAACAAGAGUAUUACUGCCAAGGAGGCACUCAGCUGCCCUACAUGUAAUGUCACUAUCCACAACCGCUGUAGAGACACUUUGCCAAACUGCACGAAAAUGAAACAGAGGCAGCAGAAGACGGCUCUAAUGAGGAAUAACUCGGCCUUGCAGAAUGUCACCCUGCGCACAAAAACUCCAGGAAUGCGUGAUCGUCCAACUUCAGCCAUCUACCCUUCUGACAGCUUCCGGCAGUCCCUGCUGGGACCCCGCCGUGGUCGCUCUGCUCUGUCUCUGUCCAAGAGUGUAUCCACCAAUAACAUUGUAGGGACUCUGAAUGAUGACUCUCCUCUGGGGCUGCGCAGGAUCUUGUCACAGUCCACAGACUCCCUCAGCUUCAGGGCCAGAGCUAUGUCAGUGGAGUCUCUCAAUGAUGAUGGUGACAUCUACUACACUUCGGUGCUAGAGGAGCUGGAGCUUGAUUGCCAGGACUUUAAAGCGGACUCAUGGAGUAUGGCCGUGGACAGCAGCUAUUUGCAGACACAUUGCAAAAAUAUCAUCAAGAGGCAGGAUGUCAUCUAUGAGCUGAUUCAGACAGAGCUGCACCACAUGCGAACGCUGUAUAUCAUGGAAAAGGUGUUCCGGCAGGGCAUGCUGGAGGAGCUUCAGCUGGAGACCAGCACUGUGCAUGCCAUGUUCCCCUGCCUGGACCAACUGAUCAGGAUACAUUCUCAUUUCUUAGCACAAUUGCUCCAGCGACGCAACAACAGCUUGCAGUCUGGAUCCAGCCGCAACUUUACCAUUCACCAGCUGGGGGACAUUCUACUAGAGCAGUUCUCAGGCCAGUGUGCAGAUGACAUGCAGAAGACCUAUGCAGAGUUCUGUAGUCGCCACUUGCAGGCUGUCAAAUUGUACAAGAGACUGCUGGCCAGAGACAAGAAGUUCCAGUGCUUUAUACGGCGGGUGAGUCGAGGACCCUUGCUACGUUGCCAUGGUGUCCAGGAGUGCACCUUGUUGGUGACUCAGCGAAUCUUCAAGUAUCCUGUCCUUAUUCAGCGCAUUCUGGACAACACUACUGAGGAUGAGGAGGAAGCUUCUUCUCUGGCCCAGGCUCUCAUGAUGGUCAGAGAACUCCUAUGUUCAAUAGACCAGCAGAUGGAGGAACUGGAGAAAUCACAGCGGCUGCGAGAGGUCCAGGCCAAGCUCGACCCGCGGGCUGAGGCCCGAGUAAGAGAUGGCGGACUUUUCAAGCCUGGAGAGUUGUUCCGCCGGAAACUGGUUCAUGAAGGGAUCCUUUUCUGGAAAACACCAGGUUCCCGGCUCAAAGAUAUCCAGGUUUUAUUGAUGACAGACAUCCUAGUGUUUCUGCAGGAGAAAGACCAGAGGUACAUCUUUCCAAAUAUGGACAAACCUCCAGUACUGUCACUGCAGAACCUGAUAGUGAGGGAUAUAGCCAAUCAGGAGAGAGGCAUGUUCCUCAUCAGCGACUCCUUCCCUCCUGAGAUGUAUGAGUUCCACGCUGCCUCCAAGGAAGACAAGAAUGUCUGGAUAGGUCACAUCCAGCGCACCGUUAGCAAGUGCCCAUCAAGAGAGGAGUUCCCCCUCAUAGAGACUGAACACAAGGCCCAUCUGAGGAGACUGAAAGCUGACCUCCAGCAGAAGGAUCGAGAAAUGUUGGAGCUUCUGCAAGAGAGGGUGACACUAUUCUGUGAGCUGGCAGAGGUAACAAGUGGUCAUGAAGGCCUACAGCCUCCCAUCACUCGUUGCUUGUUCAGGGCAGACACACCCCAAGCUCCCCGUGCAGAGAAAUUCCUAAUGGACGCCACAACUGAAGUGGACAGGCUGAGUGAGCUUCUUCUGGGCUCGAGUGUGGACAUCCCUCCUCCAUGCCAUCACAACCACACUGAAGUCUUAGAAACCAGUGAUCAGGAUCUUUUGGUCAAUGGAACCCAUGAUUUGUGUGCAGCAAAGGAGGUCUAUCAGAGCCUGGUGAAUGUCAGUGUUUAUCUCCAUGAACUCCAGGCUGCUGUCAUCAAACAAGACUCCAUCUUAGAGUUGCUGUUGCAGACACAAGAUGCCAUAGUGCCAGCUGCAGGAGGAGUGGCGCGCCCUCUCUGGCGAGAUGGUGGAAACCGGGAAGCCAGUGUGGGGUCAACAAUUGGGGAACUGGCUCUUUUGCAGAGACAACACAGCUUGCUGCAGGAGGAGCUGCUGAGGCUGCGGGAUGCUGAGAGUCGGUUCAAAGACAGUGAGAAGGCCCGGGCCAAGUUGGAGAAGCAGGUCCGAAAUAUGAAGCUUGCAUCUCUGCAGCCAGGAAGUGGAGCUGACAACCUGCAGCCCAGACAGGAGCCUGUCCACCGAGUAGAUGGCAGUGAUUUGGAAGUAGACAUGACAUCAGACGACGAUGAUGGGACAGCAUCUGAAAGCUCCAAAGGCCCGAUUUUAGCCAUAAAACUCACCACACUAUGAAUGUUACAUGCACCCUUUUGGGAUCACAGUGUUUGUUAGGCAAUGGUUCCUGUGCAGAGGCUACAACAGGUUUGGCAAAUGGGGGUUCUUUGUCCAGUGUCACACAGCACAUUAUGUGAAUACCUUCAAUAUCUCAACUUUGCUCUAAUGUCUGUGCUGAAGUUUUGAAACUCAACACAUUUCACAGUUCAGUUAAACCAGUUAAACAUCUCUUUUCAAUGCUUCACAAUCAGUAUGAGUAAUAUCUUCAGUUAUUUAAACUAGUGUUUUUCAUUUGUCAGUUCAGUGUACAAUGGUGAUUUUGGAAUGUUAGAUCUAUGGACUGAAACCUGGAAAAUGAAUGAAUAUCAGAGUAUGUUUACAACUUACACUGGCCACUACACCAUUUUAUCUGAGCAAACUGGGCAAAACAGUGUGAAUGUGGGUUUGUUUUCUCUUUUUCAGAUCUUCAGGAUAUUCCAGAGGAGAUCUGAUCCUCAACAUGUUGCACAGUGCUAAUGAGCUUAUAACUAUAACUGAUAUAAACUGAGUGAGUCCAACAGUGCACAUGUCUGUGUUUUCUGCAAGCUUUAAUAUUUAGUUAGCUGCUUUGCUUUUGGCUAGAUGAGUGGUUUUAUUUUUAAUUUAUGCUUUGGAUUGUUUGGAUUUCCAGGGUUGAAUUCCACCAUUUCACCAAAGGUGUGUGGAAAACUAAAGGUUAUUGCUAAUCCAUAUGCUCAUAUGUAACUCCACUGAAUUUGACAUAAUGAGCAUUAGGACUGAUGGUUAGGGCUCCUGCUGUUUUCAACACAUAUUUGUAAUCUUCAGCUGUGUUUAUGUCAUGCAAAAAAUGAAAAAUGCACUUUAUCAAAUUCAUGUAGAUCAGUAGGGCUCAUUAUUUCCCCCCCAAUCACAGGAUUUAUUAGAAUUUACACUCAGAAGCCACUUUAUUAGGUACACCUUUACCAUUGUAUGCAGUUCAAUGCAACACUUCCACCUUAACGUCUGUUUAUGA